ACCGCUGCCGGUUGUCAUGGCCGAGCUGGCGUUGGCGCUACUGCUGGUGGGGUUGGGGCCCGCGGGCGCCGUGUGGCCACAACCCCAGCUGGUUCGCGAGUCGCCGGGUCGCUGCCGGCUGAGCCCCGGCCGGUUCCGGUUCGGCUACGCGCGCUCGUCGGCGGUGGGACCGGGAUGCGCGGUGCUGGACCAGGCCUUCCGGCGCUAUUGGCGGCUGCUACGCGACGCCGGCCCGCGCACGCCAGAGGAUACGCGACCCUGGGAGCCUCUUUGCGCUGAAUUGCUGGUCUCCGUUGCCACGCCACAUUGUGAUGGCUUUCCCGACAUGGACUCUGUGGAGAGCUACAAGCUGUCCACUUCGGAGGACCUUUCGCUGCUGUCUUCAGAGAGUGUCUGGGGAGCUCUCCGAGGCCUGGAGACCUUCAGCCAGCUCGUCUGGAGAGAUGAGGACGGGACGUUCUACCUCAACAAGACGGACAUCGUGGACUUUCCCCGCUUUGCUCACCGGGGCCUGCUGCUGGACACAUCUCGCCACUACCUGCCUCUGAGAGCCAUCCUAGAGACUCUGGACGUCAUGGCUUAUAACAAGUUCAACGUAUUUCACUGGCACAUCGUGGAUGACCCCUCCUUCCCGUAUGAGAGUGCAGCCUUCCCGGAGCUCAGCCGAAAGGGGGCUUACAAUCCCGCCACCCACGUGUACACGCUGAACGACGUGAAGCUGGUGAUCGAGUACGCCAGGCUACGUGGGAUCCGAGUCAUUUCGGAGUUUGACACCCCUGGCCACACUCUCUCUUGGGGCCCAGGUGCUCCGGGCUUGCUGACGCCCUGCUAUGCAGGCUUGAUUCCCUCCGGGGCCUACGGGCCGGUCAACCCCAUCCUCAACACCACUUACCAGUUCAUGACAGAGUUCUUUAGGGAGGUCAGCACCGUGUUCCCAGACUUCUACCUCCACCUUGGCGGCGACGAGGUUGACUUCACCUGCUGGAGGUCGAAUCCGGAAAUCCAGGCCUUCAUGCAGCAGAUGGGGUUUGGCCAAGACUACGCCAAACUGGAGUCUUUCUACAUCCAGAGGUUGCUGGAUAUCAUCUCUUCCUAUGGCAAGGGCUACGUGGUGUGGCAGGAGGUGUUUGAUAAUGGUGUGAAGGUGAAGCCAGACACCAUCAUCCACGUGUGGCGGGAGAACGCCGGGCCGUACCAGCAGGAGGUGGCUCAAGUCACCAAGGCCGGUUACAGGGCCCUGCUGUCUGCCCCCUGGUAUCUCAACCGCAUCUCAUAUGGGCAGGACUGGCAGACAGCUUACCAGGUGGAGCCUCUGGAGUUUGAAGGCAGCCUUGAGCAGAAGGAGCUGGUGAUUGGCGGAGAGGCCUGCAUGUGGGGUGAAUAUGUGGAUGUAACUAACCUCACGCCCAGGCUCUGGCCAAGAGCUGGGGCCAUAGCUGAGAGGCUGUGGAGCAAUAAGACGGUGACAGAUUUGCAAGAUGCGUAUAUACGACUGGCAGAUUUCCGCUGCAUGCUGCUCAGGCGAGGCAUCCAGGCGCAGCCUCUCUUUACAGGAUACUGUGAUGCUGAAUACAGUGGGCUCUGAAUGGAGAGCUCAGCUGCCCCCACUCCUUCACCCUGCAUGCUCUGUGUGUAUCUCUGACAAUAGCUGCUCCCAUGUGCUACAGGGCGUCGCUGUUGCUCUUGUUCUUGCAAUGAGCCGAUUUAGAUACUUUGCCUUUUUUCUACUGUUUGAAUUUUAAAUCCAAUAAAGAAGGAGUCCCAAAGAGAGAAGGUGCCUCUCCAGUCUGUCCCAGUGCUAGAGCAGGCUGUGAGAGGCUCCUGGCCCAUCCGCAGCAGGGUAGCUUGCUGGGCUCCAGUCAGCUAUCGCACUGGGGAUGCACAGGGUUUGGUGUGUGGAAGAGCCCAGGCUGGAGCCUGCCGGGUUGGCAGCUACAAACCCUCUUUACUUUGUAGUGACACAUGCAGCGCCACAGUACCAGUGUGAGAGUCACUUCAGAGCGGACACCCAUCACCUCCCACCAGCAGGGGAACCUGCAGACCCUGCCCUGCAUGUGCUACUGCACCUGACUCCUAGUGCAGCAGAACAGCUCCACUCCCAUCUACCUCCAUGCCUGCCUACCUCUGGGAGCAGAGGCCUCAACUCAGGGUUUGCUCCCUGCCCUGGACAUGCCUGAGCAUGAUGAUAUUGCUGGGAAGCCUGGCUCGUCCUGUGUGCCUAACUGUAUAGCUUGUGACUGAUCUUGAGGGCACAAGGGGUUUAGCCAGCUGGGGCAGGCAGUUGUAGUCUUAGUUGGUCAGAUGAAACCUUAGGCUCUGCCUAGCUUUUACCUUGACCACUGAAGGUGUUAAAACUACAGACUACUUUCUCCAUGCUAAACUGUUACUGUGUGGUAACACCCCCCACUUGUUUCCUAGUGUGGACACACCAUUGGCAUGUAAGAUUUUCUCCGCAUCAAUGCACAAGCUGUUAGUGGGGGCUAGCUACCCCAGGCCAUUCAGCCCAACCCAUGUUUGUUCUGCUGUUUCUUUUCCCUUUGUUCCUCCUAACCACUCUGCCUAUAGCCCAGUUGUGCUUUCCUCUUCAUGCCACUAUCUCUGCUCCUUACCCUGGAUCUGCCUUCUUCUCUUGCCUGUCUCAAGAGAGUGGCCCCCCAAAGCCUCUAUGAGGCAAUCACUCCAGAUUCCUCCCUCAGCUUCCUUCUUGCCUUCUCCUUUUUAGGAAGCUCUAAGGGAAUUGCCCAACGAUACUACAAUCCCAGCUGGGCCCUCACUGGCCAGUCCCUUUGUUGGGUAUGCAGCCUCACACAGGACUCAGUCAGUGUAUCCAACCUCCCAGUGAAGUCCCUGCAGCGAGGGUUGGCUCAGAUUUAUCUUCUUGUCUUCAUUUGAAUUGAUUGUACACUCCUAGAGGCAGGGACCAGCUCAGCUGUUCACUAGAUGAUCAGUGAGUUGAGACACUUGUCUUUGACAGCUAGGAUCUCCUGGUGAAAGUCCAACUGGUAUCUGGUUUUGGGUUAAUUUUUCUGUACUGGACAAGAUGUAGGAACUUCUGUAGGAACGCUAUGCAGCUUUGCUUUAAAUGAGCCACUUCUGGCUGUCACUUCUCACAACUGUUCAGAUGUUAUGAUUGUUAAAUUUUCAUUAAAAAUAUCUGGAAGUG